CUUCUCGUCCAUGCACGACUAAAUAUUUCCGCUAUUCUCUCCGGAUCCUGAACGCAGCAGCUAACGUUAGCGCUUCCUGCAGUGCUAUGAGUUGAGCGAGACUAAAGUGCUGGGAAUGCAGCCGCCGCUCUCACCUGAGGCCGUCAGAGAGCUGGUGUGCUCCUGUCUGCACAGAGACCCUGUAGCAGCAGACCUCCGCUGCAGCCUGUUUGUUGCUGCUGCACAGAACUACAAGAGGGACUCCUUGCUCAGACUUCCCCCUAGAUACAUAAGUGGUGACAGUAAGGACUUUGAGGAGCUGUUGGCAGAUGUGCACUCUUUGCCUGGAGUGAGAGAGUUGGUGAGACUACGAGCCAGAGACGGAGAGCAUCAUUUGGCUCUCACACACUGGAUUCUCUCUUCAAAGAGCUUUGCUGUAAAGACGCUACAGAAAGAUGAGUAUGCCAAACUUUGUAACCUGACUGAAAAUGAUGGGCUUACUGCGCCCGUGCCUGACUUCCUGUUUGAGUUGGAGUACUGUGAUCAGAUGAACGCCAGGUUUGAAAAGACGAGGGAAGGUAGAGACGUCUUCUAUGCAUUCCACGGGAGCCGCCUGGAAAACUUUCACUCUAUCAUUCACAACGGGCUGCACUGCCACCUCAACAAGAACUCCGUGUUUGGAGAGGGGACCUACCUCACCAGUGACCUCAGCAUGGCCGUCCUCUACAGUCCCCACAGCAGCGGAUGGCGAGAAAGUCUUCUGGGUCCACUGCUCAGCUGUGUCGCCAUGUGUGAAGUCAUUGAUCACCCCGAUGUUAAGUGUCAGGUGAAGAAAAAAGAUUCUGAGAUCAUUGACCGUCAGCGCUCAAGAGCAAAGAACAGCGAAGGAGGCGAUGUACCACAUAAGUACUUUGUGGUCACCAACAAUCAGCUUUUGCGAGUCAAGUACCUGCUUGUGUACUCUCAGAGGAAGCACCUGUCAAGACGUUCCCGCGGCACCUCCUGGCUCCUCAGACACCAUUUUGCCAUCAUGAUGAGUCUCUACUUUCUGCUGCUCAUAUUCAUCGGUGCCUUUAACUCCACCACCUUCGUUUCGUUUUGGAACAGACUGUUCAGGUGACGAGAAAAAAUGUUAAUUGUCCACAGUGCCUUCCUGAUCAGAGACUGACUCGAGGCCGGAGCAAAGAUAAAGUUUUAUGCACCUUUUUAUACUGACUUCUCUCUACAAUCAUUCUUACUUCUACAAAUAACCAUAAUUGCUGUUAUUCCAAGAUAACAUUUCAAAUAGCAAAAUUAUAGAUCAUAUUGUGUUGAUGUUUUUUUUGUUUAUGGAUAAUAAGACCAAUCUGCAUUAUGAAAAUGUUAUGCAAUGUUUCACUUGUAAUUUAUUUGGUUAAGUAAACAUCCUGUUGUUUAGAUAAGAUUUGUUGCUGUGUGGCUUUAGUCCUGUGAGGUCACAGUCUCACAAACCGAAGAGUUCAAAGAAAAAACAACAUUAUUUGGUUUAAUUAACAAAAACGUAAAAGAGUCAAGCGUUAAGAUCUCUUUUUAGUUUGUCAUGUAUUGAAGGUGCAGUGUGUAGAAUUUGGCGGCAUCUAGGGUUUGGUUGCAGAUUCCAAGAGUGAAGGGUAACUACGGUGGCCAGGCAAAAACAAGAAUGGCUCUAUCCAAUGUUUGGUUUGUCCUUUAUAGGCUACUGUAGCCCCCUAAAUGCUGCACACUGUUCCUUUAAAUACUGGGAAUUGUUAGCACAUUAGCUAAUUAACUAUUAAUCACAUUGACUCAUUAGUGUCAGCGAUGCCUGGCGGUCAGUUGAUCCGGCACUAAUGAAAAAGGCCCAGUUUAAUUUCGUUCUAUUUAAUGUUAUGAUUUGCAUCACUGAGUUAUGAGUAGGGACCUUUUUUUAACUCAUGACUUUAGGUGUAAUUUUAAGGUAUUGAAUAUAACUGUUAGGCUUAAUAAAGGAAAAAUAUAUAAGUUGGAUAUAUUUUUUUGUGCUGACAUUCUGUAUUCAUAAUGAUGGAUCAUAGAAAGGCCACUGAUAACCUCACUCAUAAUGAUUUAGGAUAUGCUUUUAUAUCCUUAUAUAGGUUCAUGAAAUAAACUGUAUGUCAGCUUAAAUGCAAAAGGUUCUGAACAUUUGUUUCAAUAUUUCACACUAAUAAAGCAAUACUUUUGAUUUAAUUUAUUUUAA